UAUGUAUAUGUACUAUUCUUAGUUCAGGACUGGGCAGUUGUUUCAAGGAUAAGUUCACAAUCAAAACCACAAGAUUCAGUAACUAAGCACCAUGGAAUCCACCUCCAAGUGUUUUAUUUCCAUCAUUAUCCUUACUUUGGCCAUCACAGGAUCCUAUGCUGCAUGCCCGCUGAAAAGCCUCUUUAUUAUCGUAGCAAAAACUGGGGGAGUAGUAGGAGGUAAACCUGUAUGGAAGGUUACUGUAAUCAACAAGUGCUUCUGUCCACAAAGUCAAAUAAUGAUUAAUUGUAAAGGGUUUCAAUCUUCAAUGCCUAUUGACCCUACAGUUCUUAAGAAGCAAGGGGAUAAUUGCCUCUUAUUCAAUGGUCAUGCCUUGAGUGGAGGUGAUGGUAAUCAAUUUGCCUAUGCUUGGGAUUCAGCCUUUAAUUUUUAUGCUGUAAGCUCUGUUACAGGUACACCUUGCAAAGGAUCUCUCUGAGUUAGGUUCAACUUAAAUUCUAAUAAUAAAAGCAAGGCCUUUAUAUUUGUUUUUAAGCUAUAUGACAUUUAUUUUUAAGCAUUUGAAGUUUGUGUACUUUAAGACAUGAUCACAAAUCAAUAAACAGUAGUAAGGUUGUCGAACUUAAAAGUUAGCCAAUAUAUCAGAUAAUAGUCGCAAUUGUGAUUUUA